AUGGGCAGUGGGAUUGUGGUUCAAUUGGCACGAAAGUACGGCGCAGUGAUAUUCUUUCCCACUGUUGCAGUCGGAUCGAUUUACGCAGAUUGGUCGCACACACGCGAGUGGAAACGCCAGCAGCUCCAGUUGGCACACCAAGCCCAGCUAAAGGAUCAGCGCUAGAGGAUACACAAAUAUACACCAUGGUUUUGGGACUGGAUAAGCGAGCACUGUGGGGCGCGCUGCCCCUGCUGGGAUUCGCCAUCGGUCACUUCCUGGACAAGAAGGAGACGGAACGAAUGACCAUGUUCCGCGACAAGAGUGCCCUGUACGGCCGCCCCGGUGGCAACGAGGGUAAGGCGCCAUCCUGGUAGGCCUGCCCAGCAUCGCCAUCCCACAUAUAUUCUUUUAUUUCCCCCAACUCACUGUUAACCAAUAAACCGGAGAAAUGUGAAA